CUUUCUUUUUGCUUGGCUUUCUUUUUGCUUGGCUUUUCUUUGCUUCUCUCCCCCGGUGCGCGAAGCGAGGGAGCCAAAAGAAAAACAGGAAAAAGAAGAGUGAAAAACCCAAAGCCCCUGCCUGCCGCAUUCUCCUAUACUCACUUAGCCGAUUACCCCCAAACCCUUAUUUAUUCGGUUUUUGAUCGAUAUGUCUUGCACUCUGCUUCCCUCAUCUCCCAUACACGCCUUUGAGUCUUCCAGAAAGAUUCGGAGAGCAAGACAUCGUCGCUCUCAAAUUCUAUGCUUUUCUUCGCAACCCAACCUUCGCGGUGGAGAAGAUGAAGAACAAGACGGGGCUGAUCAUAGCCAGGUUCAAGGCGGGCAGGAGGUGAUCGUGGUAGAGAGAUAUGGCAAUGGCACUUCUAAGAGGUACAUGUUAGAUGAAGAAUAUGGAUUACGAACAUUUCUUGAGGAGCAUAGCUCGAGGACAAAUAGGUUCCAGGACUCGCAUACUGCUGACACUAGAAUAUCAUGGCUUCCAGACAGCAUUAAAGAUUUUAUUUUACCUGCGGGUUUCCCAGGAUCGGUCUCAGAUGAUUACUUGGAGUACAUGUUGUUACAAUUCCCUACCAAUGUGACUGCCUGGAUCUGUCACGCUUUAGUCACAUCAAGUCUACUUAAGGCGGUCGGUGUUGCCUCUUUCUCAGGGACUACUGCUGCCGCUUCGGCUGCUGCCAUCAGAUGGGUGUCAAAGGAUGGCAUUGGGGCUGUUGGACGCUUAUUCAUUGGUGGGCGGUUUGGAAAUCUGUUUGAUGAUGAUCCAAAACAAUGGCGCAUGUACGCUGACUUCAUUGGUAGUGCAGGAAGCAUCUUUGAUCUAAGUACCCAAUUAUAUCCAACCUAUUUCUUACCAUUGGCAUCUCUUGGAAAUCUUGCAAAGGCUGUGGCUAGAGGUCUAAAAGAUCCAUCAUUUCGUGUAAUACAAAACCAUUUUGCAAUCUCAGGAAAUCUGGGAGAGGUAGCAGCAAAGGAAGAAGUUUGGGAAGUAGCAGCUCAGCUUCUUGGUCUUGGCCUGGGCAUACUGUUCCUGGAUGCACCUGGACUUUUCAGAUCAUAUCCUGUGUUGGCAUUGACAUGGAUGAGCAUGCGGCUUCUGCACCUUUGGCUACGUUAUCAAUCGCUUUCAGUUCUACUAUUUAGCACAAUAAAUCUGAAGCGUGCUCGUCUGCUGGUAAAAUCACAUGUUUUGCACUCUACUGUGCCGGGAUGUGUUGCGUGCAACAAGGAAGAAAAUAUUUUAUCAUGGCAAAGAUUCAUGAAGCCAUUAAUUACAUUUGGCGUGUCCUUGGAGGAGAUGGUUGGUGGCGAGAAAUCUCUUUCCAUGGUAAAAACACUUUUGAAAUUAUAUGAAAAGGAGCAAUACAUUCUCGCGGUGAACCAAAAGCAAGGAGAAUUUGAGGUCUUUGUCUCGUUCAAGGUAGGAGCUACAAGUGUUUCUGUCUUGCGUAGUGUGUGGCAGGCUUAUUGGCUACAUGAGAACUGGGACAGUUCAGAUGAUGUCUUCCAUCUGCUUGCUCAAAGCAUAGUGCAGAUGGAAGAUAGAUUUGAGAAUUUCAUCCAACAGUUAAAUAAAGCUGGUUGGGAUACACAUCAAAUAAAUAUGAGGGUCCCUAAGGAAAUUGCCAUCGAUGAAGUGGCACCCAUUUAAUUGUUCAAGUUAAGGCUAUCAAAAUGUCUGAUUGUGGGGUUCGAUCUUCUACACUGUUAUGCGAUUUUUCACUCUCCGAUUAAAUGGACAUGAUGUGGCAUGCAUCAAAUUGAUGUUAUUGACGAAGACGACCAGACCCUUGUGCCAAUUUUAUCCAAAAAUAAAGGAAUGGAGGAGUUAUUAGAGAAAUUUGGCUAGGAAAGCUACUGUGACAUGAAUACCAUGACUGCUAAUCUCUGAGGAAAUAUGCUGGGAGGAUGGUUAUGGUUGUCGAAGUUGGCCACCGGUACUAGUUGAAAUGGAAUCUUUUACAGUCUUUUUAUCUGAACCAUGUCCACACAGUUCUAUUAGGGAUUGCCAAUGGCGGUCUCGAUUUGACUGGAAAUUUAUUUCCUCUUUAAUUGAUGUAAGUUUUGGUU